GGAGGGGGGUAGAACCUUUCCUGUGCCGCCCCCCCCCCCCCCCAGCCCUACAACUCCCCAUGCAUCCAAGCCUCCUGCUUGUGCAAAAGGGAAAGUGGUUUUUCCUCCUUCCCUCUGCGGUGCCUACAGCGGCUUCCCGGCAGCAGCCCGUUCCAGGGGCCCUGCUCCCCCCCCCGGAGAUUGGGGGCCCGGCUGCCUGGCCAGGAUGUACCCCCCAAGGGGGAGGCUUUCCUGUGACUUGGGGGAGGGGAGUUGAUUUGCUCCGUUUCCCUCCCCCCUCUGCCCUGCGAGGAUUCCAGGAGUAGCAUUCCCAGCACGCCAGAGUGAGUCUACACGGGCUGCUAGCAAAAUCGCCUCAAUCCGGACUGGUUGGGGGUCAGAAAGGGGCCCAACCAGAAGAGAUCCUGUUCCCCUGGAGCUGGAGGUUUGUUCCAGCCUUGGGGUUUCCUGGAGGAAGUUGGAGCAGGAGUGAAUUUGGCGCAGCCUUAAAAUAUGAUCCCGCGGGAGGGACCCCAGUGACCAGGAGGACUCAGCAGGGAGCGGGGGGAGGAGAAUCCGGCCUGGGCAGCGCGAUGGUCCCGCUGUGCUGGCCCUGCCUGCACUGCUGCCCGUACCCCCCGGCGGCCAUGAGCAGGCCCCCCGCCCCACAGCCCCCCGCCCUCUCCUACCACUACCGCAGCUUCUGCGGGGACUUUGAGCGGGUGGAGACGGCGCUGGAGCGGCUGGACGCCAGCGGCUUCUACUGGGGCAGCCUGUCGGGGGCGGAGGCCAAGCGGCUGCUGAGCCCCCACCCGCCGGGGGCUUUCCUCGUCCGCGACUCCUCCGACCACCGGCACCUCUUCACCCUCAGCCUCCGCACCGGGGCCGGCAUCACCAACCUGCGCAUCCAGCAGCAGGGGGCCGCCUUCCACCUGGAGACCCAGCCGGGGGCCCCCUCCCCGCCCGCCUUCGCCUGCGUGGUGCAGCUGGUGGAGCACUACCUGGCACAGGCCGGGCACCCGGGGGGGCCCUGCUACCUGGAGGCCCAGGGGAGCCGCCCUGAGCCCCUGGCGCUCGCCCGCCCGCUGCGCUGCAAGGUGGCUUCGCUGCAGGAGCUGUGCCGGCGGGCCGUGCGGGCCAGCAUCCGGGCAGGGACCGGGGGGCCCGAUCUGGAGGGGCUGCCCGUGCCCCGUGCCCUACGCAACUCCCUGCGCUGCUAGGGGGCCCUGCCCCAGGCCCUACAGAACUGUCUGCGCAGAGGGAGGAGAAAGGAGCAAGGGGGGACCCCCAACCUGCACUCAGGAUCCCCCCCAAUGUUCAUGGGAGGCAGUGGGGUAGAGGGAGCCCCCCCCGUAACUCAGGCCUUCUCAGCACAGCUGGGGGAGAGGAGGAAACCGCAGAGUGGGACCCCCUCUAGGACACCCCAGGGUUUUCCAGCACAGUAGGAGGAAGAUCGGGGAAGGGGUCUGUACCCCUUGCCCUAUGGAAAACGCAGGGCGGAGGGAGAUGGGGGAGGGGAGCAGAUUAGCACCAGUCCCAUGGCAGCUCCAGAGUGUGGGGGAGAUGGGACUGGAGGGGGAGAGAGGCCUGGAGUGGACAGGAGAGGGGGCUCUUCAGGCCAGGGCUGGGACCCAGGGUAAGAAGUGGGAGGGGGACACAAGAAUUGGUGGGGGCUGAGGGAUC